AUGACGUGCGACAUCUACGUCUCGGACGAUGCCAUGAAUCGCUCCCCACAACUGGUCCCCCAAAAGAUCAAUUAUGGGGUCGGGGAGGAACCGCCGCCGUUCGCCGAAAACGACUGCGACAAGGGAACGCAUGAUCGUUCCCGUAAGCCGCACCAGCCGGAAACCCGUUACGGCGAUGGUGUGCUGAUCGGAUUCAUGGGACCAGACCAUCUCGAUGUGAGGAAACAUGCUGAGGAGAACCCACUGGACUGGUCCCCGAAACAGGGCCGACUUCAAGAUCUGGAUCGAUUCCCCAAGGACAUUCUGCCUGCCAAGUUCGAGUCAAAAUCCGUCACUCGCCCACCGACAAUCACCUCCUCGCCCGUCAAGGAAUCCAAACUACCCAAGGAAAUUAAAGAAGACACUCCGAAGUCACCCCUCCGUACCCUCCCUCCGCCCGUCUCGUCGCAAGAUCUCAAACCGUGCUUCCCCCCACAACGUCCCCGUCUCCAGUCUCUCACCGCUCCCCCGACGGGUCCGCCUCUACAUCUAGCACCGCAUCGAAGAACCUCAACCGCCGAGGGGCUCUCCCCCGACUCCAACCAAGCAGACCUGAAAUCCCGUAUCUCUCUUCCGUCACUUCAAUCCCUGGCUUCGCCCGCCAACUCUUGCGUCGGGGCUUCCCCGGAUAACACGCAAAGCCUCCCUUCCAUCCAUUCCGCCUUGGGGUUAUCCCAAUCCGAGUUCUCUUCAACGAGAAUCAAUGGCUUUCCUCCCCCUUCCUACUCCUACUCACCGUCUACUACGUCGCGUAAUGAUUCCCCGCAUGAGCGUCAAUUACCUAGUAUUUCACAGCAGAUCCCGCCCAGUCCCUUCUCUCAUUUCUCUCCUAUAAGCACCAAAGAUAUAUCCAACAAUGCUUCUCCCGCCUCGCAGCCAUGCUUUUGGCGCACACCGACCUCCGCGGUGUCAAUCGAGCCGCAGCUUCCUCCCCCUCCGCCCCCAGGCCCGCCUCCGCCCCCAGCGGUAACUCGGAGUCACCACUACGAGCUAUCUCCGAUGACUGCCACCAGUCCAGCCACAAGCUAUCCUACCCCCAUCGAGCCAGUGCCCCCCACGGGUGAGGAACGCACUUCGUUCAGCUCACAUCCUUCACCGGAUGACGGUACGGCAAUCACGAGUAUAGGUGUUUACAAAUGUACACAUGCUGGGUGCACUGCCGCCCCAUUCCAAACGCAAUAUUUGCUCAAGUAA